GAGAGAGAAAGAGAGAGAGAGAGAGAGAGAGAGAGAGAGAGAGAGAGAGAGAGAGAGAGAGAGCGAGAGCUGUGUGCUUAUUGCAGGCAGGAGCUACUAUAGUCUGCUCCCAGCUUACUGUUAGUAGCUCUUGGAUUCAGGCUGCUACACCCAGAAGCCCUGUCCCUUCAGCACCAUCAGUCUGAAGCUCUCGAUCGAGGGAAAACCAUCCCUGCUCUUCAGAUUGGCCUGAAUCUGGCCUGACUCUUCAAGCGUGGUUUGCAGUCUGGGAAGUGAGGCUCAAGAAUGGUGAAGCUGGGGAGUAAUUUGAGUGACAAGAACAGCAAACAGCCUUCUGGUGAGGACGGCUUUCAGACUGUUCCUUUGAUAACACCCUUGGAAGUAAAUCACCUGCAGUUUCCUGCUCCAGAAAAGGUGAUUGUGAAGACAAGGACAGAAUACCAGCCUGACCAGAAGAAUAAAGGAAAACUCCGGGUGCCAAAAAUUGCUGAGUUUACAGUCAGUUUUACUGAUGGAGUAACAGAAAGAUUAAAGGUCACUAUUCUCGUCAGCCUGGCUCUGGCAUUUCUUGCCUGCAUUGUAUUUCUGGUGGUUUACAAGGCUUUCACCUAUGACCACAGCUGCCCAGAUGGAUUUGUUUAUAAGCAUAAGCGUUGCAUCCCAACCUCCCUGGACGCCUAUUACUCAGCACAGGAUUCCAGCUCCCGGGGCCGGUUCUACACUGUCAUAAGCCACUACAGCGUGGCCAAGCAGACCAGCUCCAGGGCCAUCGCACCCUGGCUCUCUGCGGCAGGACCUAUCAGCCACGAGUCAAAGGCUGUGAAGGCAGAUGGCCACUGAAGAUGCCCACCCUGGGGGAAAGAGAAUGGAAGGGGGAGGGGGGAGGGGGAGGGGCCACCUGUGCUCCAGGUACCUGACAACACUGUCCUCCCAGGGUUCCACAGAGGGAGCACCAAGCCUAAGUGAACACCCAGGAGGAGGCUGAAUCGAUAUUUACUUUGGUCCAUUGUUAUUCGUGGAUUUGUAACUGACUCGAGCUCUUGUACAAAGGCAUGUUUGGUGUUGAUUGUCACAAUGUAAAGUAUUUUUCAAAACAUUGCUUACUAUUUGUUAGGGAAAAAACAAAAAAGAAAAACACAAAAUGAAAUGAAAACAAGUCAGUCUCCCAGAACCCUGGCCCAAUCCCAGUGAUACCAAGAGAAGGAAGGAUCUCCUAAGGUCUUGUUAAGUGAGACUGUGGCCAUGGCCUGGCAGGCUCAGGAGAAUGGAUACAAAGCCAGUUUUCCGAUGUGUGGGGGCCAGCAAAGGGUUAGGGAGGCAGGGGGGAAUCUUUCUUGCCGUGUGUGUGGGAGGGUGAUCUGUAACCUGUGUGGGCCUCAACUGCCUGACCUCAUUGCUUCAUGGAAGCUACAGGUGGCAGGGGCAGGUAAUUUGAAGAAGCGAGCUCACGUUGAUAGUGGAAGUAAUUAGUGACGGGGAUUUGUGGCUCCUAGUGUGAACUUAUCUUUUCUCUGAAUGAGAGGAAGGUUUUUUGCCCACAAAACAUUACCUGGAGGGCUCUUGGUACAGAUACUUCAAACUGGCUUCGCCUGCAGUAUUCAUUCCACAGCAAGGCCAGAUUUUGCACUUCAGCAUACUGGGGACUGGAUACCAUUAUUAACCAGUUAUUCUUCUAGGCCUCCCAUCUGCUAAUUUGUUCUGGGCAGGCCGCGGUGAAGCCCGUGUGCCACAAAUGGGGCAUUCAUUGUAGGAAAGAUGAGAAUAGAGUCAGGUUAGCAAGAUUGCAGUGUGGGUUAGGGCUUCUCAGUAAUCUCUGACAGGCUGUUGAGAAGGGUGUAGCGAAAGAGGCCUAGAUCUGGUGAGGUUAUCAAUGCCAUUAUACUCAGCAACUUUGUAGAGAAAAUAGUAUGGUGAAACUGUAAUGCCCAAAGCUAUCAGCUGAUUUUCUGUCCCCACCGUGAUUCACCUGUAAAUUCAUCUGUCACUAGAAAUGGGAAGCAAACAAAAAGUGACCCCCAGCAAACUGCUGAAUAAUUUCUAAUUUUGUGGCGUAUUUUUGUCAGUAGGUAGCAAAGACUGAAGUAUUUUUUGGUGUAAUUCUUGAACUUUUCUGAGAAGAAAAAAAAAAUAAAGAUAGAUGUGUCUGAGAGUCCUCA